AUGUUAAGGACUGCGACACGUUUAACUCCGUCGUUCAUUAUUCCUCUCUUUGGGAAAAGGAACGAAAAUGAUUAUGAUGCACUUCACCAACCCGCGCCUGAUACAUCGCAAAACGGCCUGGAAAGAGUAAAAAAGAUGUAUUCAAGAAAUGAAUUUGAAGAGGUUUCAGUUGAACUCCACAAUGUGGUACAGACAACACUAUGUGGUGUAUUUGUUGGUGCAUGCAUUGGAGGUUUUGUAAAGUCAAGAGAUGCUUAUAUACACUUUAUAGAAAGUAACCAGGCUACUGCAUUUAAAUCGACAAUGCAAGCAAAGAAACAGUUACAAGAUUAUGUUACAAUUGCAUUUGCCAAAGGAGCUGUACGUUGGGGUUGGAGGUUGGGGAUUUUCACAGGGAGUUUUAGUUUAAUAACAACAACUGUGUCAGUAUAUCGUGGAGAUACAUCUUUAAUAGAUUAUAUUUUUGCUGGUGCAAUCACGGGAGCUGUUUAUAAAGCCAAUUUAGGAAUAGCUGCAAUGAUUGUUGGAGCUGGAGUUGGUGCCACUUUAAGUACAUUGGGAGGAUUAGCUAUUUUAGGUAUUUUAAAAGCUACUGGAGUGACAAUGGAUGAUAUAAGACAAGCCCUUUACAGAAUAAAGACAGCAAGGGAACAACAGUUUAAUCAGGCUUUAGAGAAAUCUGCGACAGAGAAAAACGACAACCUCACGAGGCAUCACGAUCUGCUGGUUAAUGAAAAAGGAGAAAAGACAAUUGAGCAAAUUAAUUAA